UAAGAUAUUAUUGAUCAACCAGACCACUCUACUGUAAAGAAAAACACAGCGAAAGCUACAAUGACAGCAAUCGUUCCUAUAUUUUCGAUUGCCCCAGUCUUUAAUCUGACGUUUUGGUGAUCCAUGUCCUAGCUAGAAAGGUUUAGUUCCUCUAGAAAUGGCAACAAUAGAGAAGUUGAUAAAGGCAUUUGAAGCCUUAAAAGUAUUUCAUCCACAAGGGACAUCUACAGAGGAAUCCUCUAAGAAGAAAGAUGUCGUGGUUACAAAGAAAGAUAAAAUAUUAAACUGCAACAUAGUAGCAGAUUGCAUUUGUGCAACGAACAUGAGAGCAAUCACAGAUUUUCCAAAAUUCCUUGGAAUUGCCAUGGAAACAUUUCUAGGUUUAUGUGAUGACGCUGAGUCAGAUGUACGAAUGGUAGGAGAUGAAUGCAUUAACAGAUCGAUAAAGGUCCUGUUAGAGACAAAUUUAGGAAGAUUACAGGUAGAGUUAUAUAAAGAAAUAAAGAAGAAUGGUGCAUCUAGAAGUUUAAGAGCAGCUGUAUGGAGAUUUGCUGACAUGGCACAUCUGAUAAGACCACAGAAGAGCAGACCAUAUAUAGUGAACUUAUUACCAUGUUUGGCAAGGAUAUGCAAGAGAGAAGAUGAAGCUAUCCAAGAAACAUUGUCAAUAGCCAUGCAGAAAAUCUGUCCUCCAUUAAUGAGCUUUGCAACAGAAUCAGAGGUUAAAGCCCUCCUGAAAGCAUUUUUACCAAAUCUGCGAUCAAACCUGGCAUCAUGUAGAAGGAAUGCUGCCUCUAGUUUAGUAUUGAUCUGUCGUUACAGUAGGAGUCCAGGGUCAUUCUUUAAAUACUUACUGGGAAUACUUGUAGAUUAUGUAAUACCAGUUGAUGGUGACCAGCCACAAUACCUAUUGCUUGGUAUUCUGCUGUGUCUUAGAACUUUGAUCCCCCAUUUGUCUGACCCUGCCAAUCAAGAUCAUGGAAUGAAGGGAAGUUUUGGAAAUACAACUAAAGAUAAAGAGGAUACAGGAAAUAAAGAACAGCUGAUAAAGGUAUUACAAAUAUUAGUGUUCAUGAUGAACCAUAAAGAUCACAAUGUUGUGAAUGCUGCUUUAGAAGUGUGUCAACAGUUAUUCAAACAUCCCACACCAGUGUUACUCUCCAUACUCAACACGAAAGGGAGUAUUAAAAAGACAACAGUGUACAAGGUGGAUGUGUUAUCACAAACAACAGACUUGGGGAUAAAUGCUGUACCAAGUAUGUCUAAAUUAGAAGAUGACAUUACUGUAGAUGAUGAUACAGAUAUUUCUGAAUCCCUAGCAGACGAACUUGCUGACCAAUCACACCUCAUGUCAGAUCUUGAAAACGUUUUACCUGAUAAGAUAUUGGAUGAAGAUGAUGGAAAGACGCAGAAGUCAGAGAAUGUAAAAAUAGAUAGUGACAGCAAUCAGGUUGUGUUUACGACAUCUGACACAGAAUAUUCUGGUCUUACGAUCGGUGAUUUGAAUGAUGACAAAUCAGAAAAGUCCAAUUUAUCACAGAUGCGAACUGGUAGUCAGGAGACAUUAGAUAGUGUUCAGAGUCUCAGUCCAACACAUCAAACUCUGCCACAGUUAAAUGUUACGCAGGACAUGAACGGAAAUCCUGAAAUUGAAUUAGAAAUUUCACCAGAACAACCUGAAAUUAGUUCAAAAGACACAGAAAUUCUUUUAGAUCAUAUUGGAGCUUUAACUGAUGAUGAAAAACCUAUUGUUUAUUUCGCUAGAUAUAUUUGUCGUAAAUUUUUACUAGCUGGACAAAAAGGGGAGAUAAUAACUGACAGGAAAGUUCGUGUCAGUAUCAAAUCGUUAGCUUUGGGAUGUAUCAGUUGUAUACUUAACAUUUUGCCAGAAAUAUUCUUUCAUAAUGUGUUCAAAGAUGUAGAUACUGAACAUUAUCAGUUAAUACAAGAUGUUAUGAUAUAUGCUAGUCACCUUGACCCACAGUUGAAGGGUAAUGUGACAUUGCUGAUUGGUAACUUUGUUCGUUCAGCCUUGAAGGCAGCUAAAGGCAACUUUAACAAGUGGACUGUCAUUCUUGGUUAUGAUGUGAAAGCUCUUACAAUUUCCACAUUAUUAGAAACAAUCCUUGGUGUGUUAGAUGACAGUUCCUCUGUUGCUGUCAGACUGGCAUUGUCAGCAUUACAACUAUGCAUUCAUGAUUUGUUACUAAGUGUGGAUAGUAACAUAGGUUUACAAGCUUUGCUUAAGUUACUGGAAAUCAGAGAAAAUCCAUACUGGUUAGUCAAGGUAGAGAUAUUGGAUUUGAUUGGAUCUAUCAACUUCAGAGUGGUUACACAUUUAGAAUCUUGUUGUGACGAUGUACAAAAGGGAGACAAUCACUAUCUAGGAAAAUUAAAUUUACAGAAGCGAGUUGUGUCAGAUAUCAUUAUGGCCUAUUUUGGUUCAGAUGACACCAGAGUGCGUCACAAUGCUGCACAGACACUUGUCAAAUUAAUUCCAAACCUGUUCUUUCCUGUUGAUCAUUCCCAACAUGAUCCCAUUAUAACAGAAUCAAGAUUCCAAGUUGAGGGACUGAUGUGCCAUGUAACUAGAGAUAGCAGUCUAGAUUUGCCUCCCCUUGUUCUCGGUCUAGUCAAACCAUACCAUGUGAUAAAUCAUGUGCCUGUCCAGUCUGAUGUAGAGAGUAAUUUAUCAAGAGUUGUUAUGAACCUACUACACAUUCUAAAUAUGUCAGACUCCAAACAGCUGACAUAUGGGUGUUGUCAUGCCUUAUGUCUACUAUCUGAGACCUACCCAGCCACAGUCUACUGCCACUCAUGGUGUUGUGGUCCACCUACCCCAUUGGUACCUAAAGAUAGUACAGCCAAACAAACCAGUAAACGUCCUCCAUCAAGGUCACUAAGUUCAUCAAGUACCCAUAGUAUAGAUGAGAUGACCACUGGCUCUGGUGGUGGACUUUUGACCAUUGUCCUGUCCUUGUUAACCUCACACAUGGUCAGUCUGGACAUUAAAGCUCAUAGUGAUGCUCUGAAGCUGGCAGGAAAUCUAGUAGCUGGAGCCACAUAUAAGUCCUUAAAAGUUAUAGAUGAUAGUCAUCAUACAGAAGAACAUCCUGAAACUAAAUGGGCAGCAAUCUCUGACAGAGUACUGGUUCCACUAAUAGAUCAACUGUUUACUCAUAUAGCAAGGUUGCUGAACAUAUUUACACAUGUAAUAGAAGAAAAUGUGCCUGGUCCUCCACAGAUGAAACCCACCUUACCCUCUUUACCAAAUGCUCCUUCUUUGAGUCCGAUUAAACGUAAAUCUAAGGCAGAAAACUCACCAGGUGGCACUACAACUACGCCAGAUAAAUCAACACCUCAAAAACAACCCAAAGAAAAAGAAAAAGAACCAGAAAAAGAUAAAAAUAAGAAAGAUGCAAUAGGGUUAUUCUAUAAUACUCCUCAUUAUAUGAAAUUAUAUGAAGUGUUCAAGGGAGCUUACUCAAAUUAUCAGCGAUCCUUAGACCUGAGUUCUACAGACAAGUUUUGUACAAUAUUGAAGACAGCUUUAGAUGUAUUAUCACAGAUAUUAGAAAUAUCAACAAUAUCAGAUAUCGGGAAGUCUACAGAGGAGUUCUUAGGAUACUUGAGAGUGACUGUUUCUCUGGAGCCUACUGUCUCCAUUUUAUGUGUACAACAGAUGCUGAAAGGGUUAUUUGGAACAAACAUAGUAAGUCAGUGGGAACCUCAAAAACUACCAAACAUUUCACAUAAACCUGGAAAGGCCUCAAGACUGACAGGGAAUGUCAAACCCGGACUGUAUCAUUACUGUUUCACUCAACCAUAUGCUCAUUUUACUCAGUCAUUAGCAGGAGCUACAUUUAAAGCUACCUCUCAGGCAGAACCAGAGGAUUCAUUAAGCAGUUUGAACUGGAUAAGAAAAUGUGUGGAAAGAAAGAUACCAGCCAUUUUAAAGCCUAGCAGUAAAACAGAUAAGUCAGCCAUAGCAGCAUACAUUCGUCUUUUUGAACCUUUAGUGAUAAAGGCCCUGAAACAGUAUACAGUCACCAGUGUGGUACCACUACAGAGACAAGUUUUGGACCUUCUCUCUCAGCUGAUACAAUUGAGGGUCAACUAUUGUUUACUGGAUUCAGAUCAGGUCUUCAUAGGCUUUAUCAUCAAACAGUUUGAGUUCAUAGAGGAGGGGCAGAUCAGAGAUUCAGAAGAUCUGAUACCUAACAUAUUUAACUUCCUGGUUAUGUUGUCCUAUGAGAAGUUCCACAGUAAAUCAGUGAUAAUGAUGCCUAAGAUUAUACAGUUAUGUGAUGGCAUAAUGGCUAGUGGACUGGAUCCUGUAACACAUGCUAUUCCUGCCUUAAAGCCCAUUGUAUAUGAUUUGUUCUUGUUACGUGGAGUCAACAAGGCUGACAUCAGUAAAGAUUUAGAAACACAGAGAGAAGUUAUAGUGUCUAUGUUACUCAGACUCAUCCAAUACUAUCAGACUUUAGACAUCCUAGUCAUUGUAUUACAACAAAGUCAUAAAGAGAGUGAGGAGAGAUGGAAACGUUUAUCUAGACAGAUUACAGAUGUUAUAUUACCCUCUCUAGCUAGACAACAGAUAAAUAUGGAUAAUGCUGCUUCUUUAGAUGUAUUACACAGACUGUUUGAAUCCCUAGCUCCUAUUGUAUUCAGACCAGUAGAUAUAUUGCUGAAGACAUUGUUACAAACCCCUGAUACCUUGGGAUCUGUAGAAAGUCUGCAGCGAUGGCUCUGUAUGGUUUUAUCUUUACUAAGGGUACUAAUGGCUCACUCAAAGGAGGAAGUCAUUCUGACCAGGAUGCAGGAGUUAAAACUAAAGCUAACUGUGUUCAAAGUGACUGCCUCAGAACUUUCAGAAGAGGAGAGACUUUUGGUAUUAGCCUUCACUCCAGAGGAAACUAUAGCUUGGUUUCUGAUACAGAUAAUUGGUAGAUGUGUUGAUGCAAUCAACAGGAAUCAUGGGAUAACAGGAAUGGAGUCAUGUGACUUCCUGAUGAUACAGCUCUCACAACUUCUCUUGUAUAUUACACAUAUGUUUCAGUCAGGGAUGUUUAGAAAAGUAGCCACAUGUUCUAUGCAGAUAUCCAGUCAAGAAUCUCCAGAAUGCCUCUACAAUAUCAAACAGUUAAAUCAGUACUUCUUGUCCUUCUCCAUGACAUCUCCGACCUUGACAUUACAGUGGUGUAACAUUCUGAUUCUGUUGAACUUUGAUGAUCAGAUUCUGUGGUCUGAUGUUAUGCAGACACCCAAAAGAUACCUCAAACCUGGAAUGAGCCAAUCCUUAAAUUUGGACAAUCAGCUGUCAACACUCACCCAGUGUUGCAAUCUAGAGAUCUUAAGACAGGGUGGAUUGGUAUUGUUUUGUGAUUAUGUGUGUGAGAAUUUAAGUGAUGCAGAACAGUUAACAUGGCUAGUGAUUAAUCAUGUUGGAGAUUUGAUAGAGCUUGUUCAGGAAUCGCCAGUUCUGGACUUUGUUAGUGCUAUACACAGAAACCCAGCAGCUAGUAGUCUAUUUAUCCAAGCCAUUCAUGCCAGAUGUGGAAAUGUAACCAGACCAUCUGUGAUUAAAAGAACUUUAAAGUGUUUAGAGGCUAUUCAUCUAUCUCAGACAGGAGCUUUAAUUACUUUGUUAAUUGAUAAGUUUUUAAACACUCACCAUUUAGCAGUUUCUAGGAUUUGUGAUACCAUUUCUUGUCGUCGUGUGGAGCUGUUAUUGGCUGAUAAUGUUGAGGAGGCCAGAAUGCAGCUUCCUCUAGAAGAUUUAGAUAAACUCUUUAGAUUUAUGGAAACCCACUCACUCACAAAAAGACAUGCAAGAUUGUUGUCUUUGUUGAAGAAAUUUAGAUGUAAAAUAAGUCCAGAUGACAACGUGUCUUUCUCUACAGAUAGGCCACAUCCGAUUACACUUCCAGAUAAAGUUACAGAUAUCCAACCUAACAAGGAAUGUUUUAUAUCUGUAGUGAAGGAACAAUGUUAUAGACCAGACUGUGAUACAAGGGAGUGUGCUCAUCUGUUAAAACAGCUUGAUUAUGCUGAUAUUUUGUCUAUAACAAUGACAAAGGAAUUCAGUUUAAGUAUACUAAGAGAAUGCCUAUACCUUGGAGCCUAUCAGACCAUGAUGAAGGACAAUGAGACAGUUGUUGUAUUAGAUAAUGAAGGAAACAGAGUCUUAUUAGAACCAGAGUUUGAUCCAUUGUUUCAGGCUGCUCAACUGACAUUGAAUAGACAUUUUAAUAAUAUUGUCAACCUAUUACCUAUUCCACAUCAAGUGUUAACUUUUGAAAAAGCUGUCCUUAGACAGUCAAGAUAUGAAGAGAAAUUAGAGGAUAUAUUAACUGAUUCUUCAUGGAUUGAAAUGAUAUUUUCUUUGACAAAUUCAUUAACUGUGUACUUACAAGCUUUAUCAACAUUCCCAUGGCAACCAGAAGUGCCAUCAGAAUCUGUCUGUGAUAUUUGUAGAUUUUGUGUUUUGUCAGCUGAGGUUAUAGACUGGAUGUUGCAUCAUAACCAACUACCAACAUCUGAACAGCUGAGUUCCUGUUUACAUUGUGUCUCACUUGUCCUGCAGAGUUUACAGCUCUCACAACAAAUAGAUAAACAAGUCACAUGGUUGUGUUCAUUGGUAUCCAUGGUUUAUCAGGUUGUAUUAUCAUAUGAAGUAUUACCAGGUGAGAAGCUGAUUAAAUCUCCAGCUCAUGAUACAUCUGAAGACCAAGAUACUGAACAAAGUGAUUUGCAGCAAAUAAUUAAAGCAUGUGAUAGAGUUUCUGAUUUAAUUAUCUGUCUCCAUACCAGAUUAAAAGGACCAUCCAACUUAUUACCAUCAUUUGUUGCUGAUCACAUCAAGAAUAUCAUCUUAGGGUUGAGUAGACAGUCAGUAAUCAACAGUUAUGCUAGAGUACCUGGGAUUGUAUGGAAAAUAGGAUGGACACCAACCCCAACAGGAGAACCUAGGACACAGUUACCUCCCUUACCUCUAGAUUUACUGCAGGAUAAAGAUGUAUUAAAGGAAUUUGUCUUCAGAAUAAACACAUUUGGUUGGAUAAGUAGACAACAGUUUGAAGAGACAUGGAUGAGUUUGUUACCAAUACUAAAUCCUGUAAGAGUGGAUGAAGAAACUGAAGAAAUAAAUAGUCCUGAGGAAGAAGUAGAACGAUCACAGUGUAUGGUAAUAGCAGUUAAAUGUGUGACAUCAAUGUUACUACAUUCAACCUUGACUCCUGUACCUGGUAACCCUAGCAACAGUAGAUUUGAAAUGAGACCCAGAGAUAAACCACUAGGGUUUUUACAUACAAGAUGUGGUAAAAAGUUAACUACUAUUAGAGGUGUGAUAGAACAAGAAGUACAGAAUCUUUACAAUAGAAGUAAUAGUAGACAGUUGUAUUAUAAUGGUGGGAAAGAUGAUAACAAACUUCUGAGAUAUAUGUUUGAUAGUAACUUAGAGAGAGAGUUAGGGGUAGAGAACUUUAAUUUAGGGCAGAUAUCAGUUGAAGGUAUUUGGUCUGUUGUUGGAGCCCUCAGUACCAGGAUUGUGGAAUCCGAUGCCUCUGAAUCCCCUGACAGUCCUCCAGAAUCGGUCCAGACAAGUCAACAACAGUUUCCAUUGAUAACUAUAGAGAAGAGAGAACGGUCUAUGACAUUUAGCAGUAUAGAUAUAAACUCCUGUCUACAGUUCCUACUUGACCUGUAUGGUCAGUGGCUGUCCAGUAGUGCUAGUCCUAAACCUCCACUCAUGUUGAGGAAUGAAGUCAUUAAAUCAGUUGUUUGUCUGUCAGAUGUGUAUGUUGAGAGAGACCAGUAUGAUUGGAUGUUAAACAUUUUACUGGAGACACAGAAAAUCCACCCAGCGGAGGAUGAGAUGAUUAAUCAGUAUAUUAAUGUAGGACUUUGUAAAGCUGCUGCAGUGGUGGGAGUGGACAGUUCUGUUGCUUCAAAGAUUAUGACUAUACUGGAUUAUGGACUGAAGACCCCACACUUACCCAGUAGAAUUUCAGCCUUACACGGGAUUCUGUACUUGCUGGAGGCAGGGAUACAGGAGACUACCAAACAAAUCAUACCAUUGGCUACUGACUUCCUCUUAAAAAAUCUUUCAUCUGUUAACCAGACAUGUAUAACAAGCCAAACAUAUGUUCUCACAAUGUGGGCAACAGCAUUCUACAUCAUGGAAAACUAUCAUGUUGAUCUCAAAGAUUUAGAAUUCCCAAGCAAAAUACUACAGUUUGCAGUAACAACAGCCUCAGGAAAUGAAGAAAGUGUGUCUACUGCUGUCUAUCUGGCUAUAUUGAAAGGUCUAGAGAGACUCCUAUUGACAGAUGUAUUGUCACAACAAGAUUCUGAAGUCAUCAUGAAGUUAGGAGUAGAUAGACUGUGUCUUCCUAGUCCACAGAGAUCUUUAGCAGCACUUGGCUUGGUGUUUACUUGCAUGUAUUCUGGUAAGCAGUACGACCAAUACAGCCCAGUACCCAGAGAUACCUCUAAAAAGACAAGUGCCUAUAACUUUGAUGUUGUGUAUCAGGACCCAGAAUCACUGAUAUUGGCUAUGGAAAGAGUUACUGUUUUAUUUGAUAGAAUAAAGAAGGGUUACCCAUAUGAAGCUAGAGUGAUAACUCGAGUCCUUCCAACAUUCCUGGCAGAUUUCUUCCCACCACAAGACAUAAUGAACAAGGUUAUUGGAGAAUUUAUUUCUAGUCAACAACCCUACCCUAAGCUUGUGGCUCAAGUUGUUUUUCAGGUUUUCAGCAAUUUACAUGACCAAGAGCAGACGUUACUGGUACAAGACUGGGUAAUGUUAUCAUUAUCUAACUUUACACAGCGUACUCCUAUUUCGUUGGCUGUAUGGAGUCUGACAUGUUUCUUCAUCAGUGCAUCAACUAAUCGAUGGCUUCGAUCUCUAUUUCCUCAUGUUGUAAAUAGAAUGGGUAAAAUGGAAGUUGUGGACACUCGGUUAUUCUGUGUUUCAGCUAUGAGUUUCUACAAUCAAUUAACUGAUGAUGCUCAGCUUCGAGCUUUUUUAUCAACAUUCCAGAUGGUAAUUUCAUUAGGUGCGCCAUAUACACAGUUAUUAGAGCUUCUUUCUGAUAGUAAGAAGUGAUAUCUAAACUAGAUAUGCAUUUAGGUGUCUAUUUUGAAUCAAUAUUAUUAAGACUGACAUAUAUGACCAAUAACCAAGAUGUAUUUAACCAUGAUAGCUUAAGCUGCCAUAUUGCUACACUUGUUGUAUAAUGUUGUGAUUGAUGAAAUACCGACCUGUCAUAUUAAUAAACUGUGGAUUCAUUCUUAUCCGUGCGAUACUUAUUUUCGUGGAUUUCAUGGGUACAGGUAAAUCAAAAAUUAAAAUUUUCAACAUACUAGUUUUCUAUAGGCUUGUAUGCAGACUUUUGUAAAACCUCAAAAUCAAAUAUCCACGAAAAUAUAAUUUUUCCUUAAUCCACAAAAAUUGGUACCCAGUAUAAUAAAUGAAUCCAUAAUAAUAAUACUAAUAAUUUAUUUACUUUUGAGUUUCAAAAAUACUCAGGGUCCUUUUACAACUGUUCCUGUUUGUUUACAGUUUCAUUCUAAAAGUUAAUGUAUGUAUUGUAAGACUGGGGGAAGUUUCAGUGUUACUGUGUACACUUGUUUCACCUUUAUAUUUUAAUUGAUAGUUACAGAUCAGUUGUAUUUUUCUGUUAAUUACUUUCUUUAGAUUAAUUGAAUGUUGCUGCACUUUUGAGAACAUUGGAUGCAAUUAGAGUAAAUUUAUAAUAUUGUAAUGUUAGUUGCUAGUCAUAGUGGUGUAUGAUAUAUUCCAUGGAACUGAUGUCUUAAGUGGUAAUAGUGAUAUUGACUUCACUUGCUAGUCACAAACCAGUUGUGUUUGAUUUGAGAAUGGAUUUGUAGCCAUUUCACUUUUGUAAUGAUCAUCUAUCUUUAAUUUUUCAAAGUUAGUAACAGUUUUUUGCAUAGAUAACUUUGGCCCAAAUUCAGAAAAUUGUUGUUUCUAAGAAUAUUUUGGAUUGUAGGUGGCAGCAGCCAAGGUUUUUCUGAAGCUUUUGGGUUAAAAAAUAUGCACAAAAUGAUUGUGUUUUGACAACAUAUUCAGACAAUGAUGACUUAAGACCAUAUAAAGUACUGUUAUGAAAAGAUUUGCUUUAUUUAGCAUUAAGGCUUUGAAAUAGAUCCAUUUAAAACCCAAAGUGUUGCCUUUUCGAUAUUUUAUGAUAAAGUAGAAAUUCAAGGCUAAUUUUGUAGCAAAAGUGAACAUGAGUGAAUUUGCAUGAGAGCUGUUUAUGGGAAAUACCAGUGGCAUGUUAACUUUUUGUUAGUAUUGAAAAUUUAUGUUUUUGUUUUGUCUUUCCUUCUCAGAAGAAGUCCAACAAUUGUUGAAUAUAAAAUUCUGUGCAAUAUACAUUAAAGUGCUAUUUUGUUAUUUAUUUAGUUUUGUUUUGUUUGAAUUAGAACUAUUAAAUAGAUAUUUUUAGGGUAACAACUAUGAUAUAAAAAAGGGAAUGUUCAACUUUUACAAUACUUACACAUACAGUACAUGUACUAAUUACUGUCUUUAUUAUAACAUUUAUAUAGUGCUAUAUAUCUGUAGUGAAUCUGUUUCAGAUGCACAUUCAUAAGCAUGAUUUUCAAGAUUUCUUAACAUCUGGUCGCAAAAGUACAGGAAUUGGAAGUCUUAUUCUCAUUUAAAAUUAUUCAGACAUGCUUUGUUUUGUUUAGUUUGUUGUUAAUUGACAUACACCUUAAAUCUAUUAUUCUUCUGUACUUGACUUGAGCUAAAGCUCCAAAACCCCCCACCCAAAAAGAUACAUCACUUUGUCCUUAUAAAUUUUUAGAUGUGAAAAAUAAAUAAAAAAGUUUGGUUCAUCUAUAACAUUGCUGUAAAUUUAGUUGAUCACAGCAAAUUUGUGUUGUCCCAAGUUCUUCUUUCUUUUAAGGUAGUUUUUAAUAGUAAAUGCUAGCUGUUUCAUAGAAGAACUCUUGGUUCAGUCAGAUCCUCGUGCAUUAUUUAGAAUGCUUAAGGAUGUACUUAGGUAAGUUUUAGGAAAAUGUGUCAGAUGUUCAGACUUCUUGGGUUUUUUCCUUUGAUAAAGGGUAAAAUAUUUUGCCCCAUAACACCCAUUUAUCUUUUCAUAUAAUACUUCAAUAGCUCAUAAAAGGUCAUUUACCAAAAUUUAAGCAGAUUCUAGAUUUCUUUUCUUUCGAUUUGAGACCCAAAUAAUACCAACGCAAAUAUAAGGUAAAAGUCUGAGUCAGAUUUUCCCACCAUUUUUUAAAAAUUAAAUAUCUCGAAAAGGAGCUCCAUAACCUUUCAAUAUUUUUAGCUUAUUUUGUUCCUUAACUAAUGCUCUUCCGACUUAUAGUAUCAAUUUUAAAUUCUAGAUUUUUUUAAUUUCACCUAAGUACAUUCUUAAACCAUUUAUUCAAAUGAAUUUUUGAAAUGUUGUACAAAUUUAUUUGAUAUAGAAAAAUUUUCUUGUCAUUUAAGUGAAAAUUAUCCAUCAUCUAUCAAUGAAAUGUUUAUAGUUUUUACAUCAAAAUUAUAAGAUGACGUAAAAUUGUAUUUUUUGUAUUAUUAUCAUUAAAAGGUUAAUUCCCUAAUUUACAGACUUAUUUUUUGUUGACAUCAUAUGUUACACAUCAAUCUUUUUUUAGGAUUUUUCUAUUUUUAGCUUUUAACAUUUCCUAAUUUGAUUUUGUACUUUUCUUAAAGCUUACCACAAAUAGAGACCAGGAAAUCAAAAGUAGCUUAUAGGUGUGACAAUGUUUUAUGAAUACUAAAAUAAGAGAAGAAGUCUUUUUCAAGGCAUGAUGAGAUUUUGAUUUCUUUAUUUAAAGAUUAUUCUGUUAACUGAAACUAUUAUUGAUAGUCAUUUAAUUGUGCAAUGCAAAUAAUUCAUGCAUAUUCAGGAGGAAAUAAUUUGGGGGAAUUUAUUUCAAAAAUGGAUGCUAAAAUCAAGAGCAUGCAGUUUCCUUAACUUCUGGUUUCUGUGUAUUGACAUUUUAAGCAUUCUCUGAAAUGAUAUUGAUUUUCAUGCAUGAAUGCAUCAUUGAAUUCAUGCUAUUUCAAGCAAAUGACAGAUACAUUUGCGGUUGUUUUUCUUUUCAAGGUUAAGUUUGAGGAAAGAUAAACAUGCAUUUGUUGACUCAUUAUGGUAGAAAUGAAAGCCGCUAUAAUGUAUCUUGAUGUUUGAUAUAAUCAAAUCAAAAGUACCAAUGUUAUAUUGAUAAAGGUUUUGUUUUGUUUCAUAUGAUGUUAUAGAUUUUUAUACUGCAGCUAGAACUCUUCCUGUUGUCUUUAUGUACCAAAUAUGGUAACAUAAGGAUAUUUCAUACAAUGUCGAUUUCAUGUCCCGUCACUUUUCUUCACAACCUAGGGUUCCUUUAAGGAUGGGCAAUAAUUUUAUUUUUGUGGUAACAUGUUUGCACAAAUAUAAUUGCAGCAAUUUUGAUCUGCAGUAUACCGUAAUAACAUUAUUAAGUAAAUGUCAGAAAAAUAUCCACUUUUGUAUUUGGAUGGAAAUUGUUGGAGGGCUUGGUAAACCUUGCCCUUCCCCCAGUUUCUAAGCCUCAUACAAAAAAAGGUUUGGUUAUUUUUUUUACGACAUAAUUUUGUAUAUACAAAUAUCACCUCUUUGUUGUUGCUAUCUGCUGUGAUAAUUUUUUUCAGAAGAGUGCUUUAUAAUACUAGUAUUUUUUAAUUACUUACAUAUUCUAUAUAGCAAGAUUUCACAACCAAAUGAAGACAUUGAUUUUGGGGGCUGAAGGGGGAUUUUGAUGAAAAUUUCUUCCCUGUUUUUGCUGUCUCAUAUGUAAUUUUGCUGUAUAAUUCUAGCUUGUAUAAUUAUAUUGUCAACAUUGUAAACAUCUUAUUAAUCUUGCAUUAAAUGUCAAAUACAA